CGUCGCCGCGUGGGCAACUGUGUUGUGUGCCAUCGUUAUCUCUUUGAUACUAGUCGGCGCACUGAUCGUUUUCUUCGCCAUGGGCUUCGAUUCUUCUGAUGUGACCACGACGACGGAGGCCACGGCUCCCAACAUCAUUAUUCGAUACAAUCCCGGCAAGGUAACCAGUGAGGUUUCCUCAGUGCCAACCACCACGCCCACGACACAGAAAACUGAGACACCUACCGCUUCAACAGCCGCUCCCACCGAAAUGAUGGACGACCAGCCCUUGGUGUGCACUAUGGGCAGGAGUCUCAACUCGACGCGGAUGUUCCCGCCGGACGGCCUGUGCGAGUACAUCUUCUUCGACUCGCUGGAAAAGGAUGGCCGCAACUCCCUUGCUGCGCCCAAUCUCUUCGACGCCAACUUGCUGAUCUUCAUCGACGCCGCACAGUUGUACAAGAUCACGGCAUUCGGUAUCGGCAUCUCGUACGAUGCUGCGUAUCACCUGGAGUUAUUCCUGAAUCGGAGCGCUAUGGGGUUCAAACCACUGGAGCCCUUCUGGGCUAACUCCAUCUACCACAUCGGUGUUCUGGACACAGCUACCGUGAACCCGAGGGAGUUUGACGUAACAGCUGCCCUGAGGUGCCUCAAGGUCUUGCGGGACCGUUACUCUCAGGAAAUCAUCGCCCAAGGCAUCAAGGUCUUCACAGUUUUUGCAGCAAUUGUUCCGGACGGCACCUGGGCUAACUACUACACCAGAAAUUUCGCGAACUGGUUUGCGCCUGACCUGUUCAUCGCUUUCGGCCACUACCCGCGAGGGGACAACACUUUGCCCAACUGUCGCGUCGUGCCACCGACGCUGCUGCAUCAACCUCGGGACCUACCUGACAGCUACCAACACAGCAUGACAACGGCGUUCGAGAGCUUCCACAGGCUGUCAGCGCCAAGUUUGACUCUGAAGUAUGCACUGUCAGUGACCAUGAAGGGUCGUUUGGCGGUGCUCACGGACCCGGCUCAGCACGGUUUCUUCUCGCCAUGCGAGGCCGACUCCACCUUCGAUAUGUUCGAAAGCUACGCCCAGGUGUGCAAAAGCCCAAGCUUCUUGUCGACACGAGUUUACGAGCCUUUGGUGGAUGCCACGCAGAUUCCCCACUUCUUGGAACCUAUAGUCUUCUCUUACGACGACCGAGUAGGACUCUGCAAGAAGCUCUGCACAGUCAAGGCACAGGGGACCUCCGUGAAAUUUGGCAUCGCCGUUUUCGAUCUCGACUACGCUGACUUUUCCAACACCUGCGAGUCGAAGGGCGGGCCAUUCUCAAGGCUGCACCUGAUCCGCAGUGUGCUCAACUUCUUCCGAACGAGGUUCAGGACCACUGCGGACACAGCAGAUUGCGUGAACCUGGCCACGUGACAGACAU